UCAACUCGGAUACGAAUGGGGAACCAGUCGCUGCAAAUCAUCAUCAACAGUUUUCGUCUAUCGGCUGAGGUAACUGUUGAUAUAGUCGAGCAAACAGACGAGGAGAAACCAGAGAUGACUCUGGAGCCAUCGGAGUGUCUGAUUGAUAUGGAGGGAGCUCCUGGUGUGGAUGCUGACGAUUCAGAUCAGAUGAAUGGAACUCGCACGAUGCUUAAUUACAGUGAUCUUGUACAGAGAACCAGAGAUGCGUUUCUCAGUGGAAAGACCAGAUCCCUGGAAUGGAGGAUGAAACAGCUCAAGCAAUUUCAGAAAAUGCUGAUGGAUAAUAAGGCGGAAAUAAUUGCUGCAGUAGAAAGUGAUUUACGGAGGCCUAAAUUCGAGACUACAGCACUAGAGUUGGACACAGCUCUAGGUGACGUCAAAUACAUGCUAAUGAAUUUGAAAGAAUUCUCAGCUGUUGAAAAGCCACCAAAGGGCAUUGUGAAUAUGUUUGACUCCGUCGAGAUUCACAAAGAUCCCUACGGUGUCGUGCUUAUUAUUGGAGCAUGGAAUUAUCCAUUACUUCUCAAUGCCAGUCCAUUGAUGGGUGCUAUUGCCGCUGGCAACUGUGCUAUUUUAAAACCAUCAGAAAUAUCUCCAGCCACUUCCAAACUUCUUGCCUCUAUUAUUCCAAAAUACAUCGAUACAGAAUGUUACCAUGUCGUUACCGGAGGUGUUCCGGAAACAACAGAAUUGUUAAAACAAAAGUUCGAUUAUAUUCUUUACACGGGUUCGACCAAAAUCGGAAAAAUUGUUCGUGAAGCAGCGAAUAAAUAUUUGACACCUGUUACUUUGGAGCUAGGCGGCAAAAGCCCUGUGUACAUAGAUAAUACCGCAGAUCUCACUGUUGCAUCCAAACGUAUCCUCUGGGGAAAGUUCGUCAACGUUGGACAGACAUGCAUUGCGCCAGAUUAUGUAUUAUGUACUAAGGAAGUUCAAGAGGCAUUUGUGGGGGAGGCAAAGAAAAUUUUGAAAGAGUGGUAUGGAGAAAAUCCCAAGGACAGUCCUGACAUGGCUCGGAUUAUCAAUAGCAAUCAUUAUCAACGUCUGAUGAAUCUGUUGAAUGGCAAUGGUAAAGUGGCAGUGGGGGGCGAGACAGACUCUAGCGACAGGUUUAUCGCUCCAACUAUCUUAACCGAUAUCAAACCAUCUGAUCCAAUUAUGCAGGAGGAGAUAUUCGGGCCCAUUCUACCGAUUAUCAAUGUCGAUAAUGCGUACGAAGCGAUCAAAUUCAUAAAUGAACGCGACUGCCCUCUUACGCUGUACAUAUUUACCAAGGACAGUGGAGUACGUAAUUUAAUAAUUGACCAAACCCGGAGUGGUUCAAUAUGCGUCAAUGACACGAUAAUGCAGUUUACCGUUGACGAACUUCCAUUCGGUGGGGUUGGCGCCUCUGGAAUGGGUGCCUAUCAUGGAAAAGCUACAUUCGAUACAUUUGUACACAAAAAAUCGGUUCUCGUUAAGAAUUACAAUCCGAUUGCUGAAGCACUGGCUGCUGCUCGAUACCCACCAUAUACGGACCGCAAGCUGUCAUUCCUCGGUUUAUUAAUGGCCAAGCGACCUGAUAUUCCUGGAAUCAAGUAUCUACCUCAUCUCAUAAUGUUUGGACUCGGAGUUAUUGCUACUAUUGGCAUUAAAGCCGCUAUCAAGAUGUUCCCAGGUGAUAACUGUAUGAAAUUCUUCAAAAUGGGGACAGCCAAACUGUUUGACGAUUUCACUUCUCUAAUCAUGUAUUUAAUAAAUACAUCACAAGUGAAUUUUCAAUACCAGUCCGUAACACUAGAUGAUAUAUCGAGUGAUUAUACUACUUGUUCAGGUUUCGAUAAUGAUUACAAUAAAACUGAUAUGAGACUGUCACCUAAUCACCGAACAUGCAUAAAAGCCACGUGUGAAAUUAAUUUUCACAAGCUCAUUUUUUGUAUACCAUUCGCUUAUUUUAUCGAAAUUGAUGGUUUGUCUCUCUGUACAUUUUUUGCAUCUCGUCACGAUCGCCUCUGGAAGAGUGUCUGCAAGCCAAGGAACAAUGUUAUAACCUGGCGGCAGCAGUUUUACAAGGUCCAGUACCGGCGAAACAUUGAUACACUGAGGAACACCAGAACGAUGAUAACAGCACCUCGAGACAUUGUUGAUGGAGAACGAUCUAAGACUCCAAAGAACUUUAUCACUAUUCAAUUCCCGGUGAUCCGGUACCCCAGCAUGUUCCUGAGUGACGUCAUGGACAACUCUUCGGAGUUGCUCCCAUGCCCGGUGUGCACACGACUUGGAGAGGUCACCAACCGCUUGAUCCUCUGCGACAGCAUCCUAAAGAGAUCUCAAUAUUGUCCAAGUGACCUUGACCGUUAUCGACUACUAACCGACAUUCGAAUUCCCGCGAUAAUGUGGCUCGUGAAUGCCAGACUGAAGGAUUCAUUCCGCCUGACGUUACACUCCAUCUUGGUUACCAAGGCUCUGUACCAUGACCUUGAAAUGUUGAAUACCUUGCACAACAUAAUUUUUCUUUCCAUAAUGUCUGUAUUCCUACUGACACCAAGGGCACUUCGAGUUCAACUCGUGAUCUCUAAGCAAAUAGUUAGAAAAAAAUUACUCACUUCCGGUUACAUUGUCAUUACCCCAAACAAAAUAUGUGUUACACGGUCAGAUCAUGACGCUCUCACUGGGGCUCCUAAGGAUGAACUUCGCACUCCUAAAAUUAAGCACCGUGGUGUGACCUUGUACCACAAUAUGACAUUAAUCUCGGAUCUGAUGAAUGACGUAAUGAAAAAUCGGCUUUUCCCGAAAAAAAAUGGUACAACAAGUGGCAUUAACUUACCACAUUUUUAUAGACAACAAUAUAAUACGUUAUUGCACGCGGAUCUAGUUGUACUCAUCUCGAGGGUGAACGGCCGUAAACCAUCCGGCUCCAAAGAACAAAAAUUCAAAUUACAAAAAUAUUGCCUGCGAAUUACUGAAAUUCAUAGUUGCGGUGAAAUUCGCGAGGCGACAGUUAUCGAAAUUACACGGAGGGGAAUGUAUCCCAGGUGGUGGUUUCUCGUUGUUAUUUUACCCCUGUGCUCCACGGAAAGUGAUGAAUUCACUGGGGAACUCGCUAAAGAUUAUUUCGGUGAGAUCGGCGUCCGGCAAAUUGUAGCCUUCGGGUGCUGGAAUGCAGAAGAGAGGGUGGAAUUUUCUCGUAUCCUAAUGGGGGAUGACCGUUCGUUGACUUAUGUCUCUGUUCAAGAGUCUUUGAACAUGGAGCUGAUUCUGAAAGUGAAUUACUACAGACUUGGGUUAUUCCUCGACUUGGAUUGCCCCAGGAGUGAGAAAAUAUUUGAUCAGUUUCAUCGGCAACAUUUGCGUCAUAACGAAUCAUACUUUUGGCUAAUGUCAACGAUGGGGACCGAGCUCCCCAAAUAUUUUGAACUCCUUCCUCUGAAUAUCGCGACUGAAAUGACAGCUGCACUGAAGGAGAGCGAUGGGAAAUACAUACUUUACGAUGUUUACAAUCCCAGUUAUCGUCAUCGGGGUAAAUUAAAUGUCACUCGCAUGGGAUCCUGGAGUGUUAAAAACGGCUUAAAUAUUGAGUUAACGCAGUACAAAUACAAACGUCGUGGGAAUCUUCAUGGACUUGUUCUGAAUGCAUCAAUUGUGGUGGACCAUCCAGCAGUUCCCGACUAUGAAACCUACAUUCAUAAUCCGAUAAAUCCUCAUUACGAUACGAUGCAUCGAUAUAAUUUUGCUUUAACACGUCAACUGAGAGAUUAUUACAAUUUUACGAUGAAUUUAUCGAGAGGCUCAACAUGGGGCUACUUGAUCAACGGAUCAUUCAAUGGUAUAAUUGGAGACAUGAUAAAAGGAAUCGUUGAUUUUGGUGCCACACCUUUCCAAUUCAAACCUGAAAGAAUCGAUGUCAUUGAAUAUACCGUCCAAGGAUGGCUAGCAAGGCCCUGUUUGAUGUUCCGUCAUCCGAAGAAGAAUAACCUGAAUAAUCCCUUCCUGAGGCCCUUCGACAUGAGGGUCUGGCGGUGGACGGCAGCGUUCGGUAUUAUUCUCUGGAGUGCGCUGUACCUGACAGUGAAAAUGGAGAACAAAUUUUAUCCUCAAAAAUCCAUUAACACCAUCAACACUCAUCCAGCGUCGGAGACGAUGCUGAUAACGGCUGCAGCAAUCUGCCAACAAGGUUUGAGUGAUGGUCCUCGAUGCAUUUCCGGUCGCAUUACUUUUCUGAGUCUCUUUCUAUGGGGCCUCCUGCUCUAUCAAUUCUACUCUGCGAGUGUCGUUGGAUCAUUGCUAUCAGAAAGAUCCAAUUGGAUCACAACCCUGCAGGACCUGGUCGACAGUGAUUUGCAAAUUGGAAUCGAGGAUAUGGCAUACAAUCACGAUUUUUUUGCAACAACCACAGACCCCGUUGCCCAAGAGCUUUACCACAGGAAAGUAGCCGUCAACAGGAAACGAAAGACUGAACCCUAUUUCUCAGCCGAAGAAGGUAUCAAACUGAUGCAGAAGGGUGGCUUCGCAUUUCAGGUUGACGUUGCCACCGCCUACAAGUUCAUCGAAGAAACCUUCGACGACGAUGAGAUUUGCGAUCUCAUCGAGAUCCAAUUGUUCCCACCAAAGCACACAGCCACUGCAACAGCCAAACAUUCUCCAUUCAAGAAGAUGAUCACUUACGGAUUGAGACAAAUAAUGGAGCGAGGUACUCCACGACGUUUGCUGAACAUUUGGAUGCAUCGAAGACCUCAGUGUCCGGAAAGUCAUAAAGCGAAACCUGUUCCGGUUGUUCUCGCGGAAUUCAGCCCCGCGAUAUUCCUUUUAAUCAUGGGAAUCACACUGUCAACAUUGGUGAUGGCAGUAGAGAGAACAUCUCUGAGAUCAUUGAGUUCAUUAGACUCUGGGGCUCGAAAUUCCGUGGAGUCUAAUGACGAGGAGCCCGGUGCGACUGUGGACAGCGGAGUGGAUCGACUGUGACAAUAAUUGCAUAAUUACAGCUUUACCCUGCAAUUACUUUGAAGAAAAGGAUAUUAAUAAAGUAUAAGCUAUGGAAAUUUCACCUUGAAAUCACUUAUUGAAAACAAAUUUAUGCUCACAAGUAACUGAAUGCGAACAAUUCCCUUGUCAUACGUGCAUGUACCUUUAUCACUUCGAAACUCCAUUUUUAUUUAAUAAAAAGGUAAACAGA